UAAAGGAGCAGGAGAGAGGGCUGUGUGCUGGCCGACAGGGAGGGAGAGGCCAGAACAAGCAGAGAAAAGGAACGGAGGGGUUUUUUUUUUUUAAAUGUAAAUUACAAAUAACUGUCUUUAGCACAAAUCCCCACCUGUUGUUUUUAAGCUACGCUGCACAGGGGGUCACUGAAGAAGAUCCGCCGUUCAGUUAAUGUGAAUGUUUUUCCUAGCGAGCUUCUAGCUUACUAGCCAGCGAGCUAGGAAUAAGUGUAGGGUGCUAGCUGGAGCUUAGCUAGUGUAUUCACAUGGACGCUGAAAUGGAAGGAACCGUAAACGCGCUUUAUACCGCGCGACCUUAGAGAACAGGCCUUUAACAAGGUGUUGGCGAAAUAUUUUAGAUUCGUCUGUAGCCUUUUUUUUAUAUACAAUUACCAUGUGCACUUACGCGGCGGCGCUGCGCAAAAUCUAAAUCCGACCCGAACAUAGAUGGAGCAGGGGCGUUUUGGGUUUAGCUAUAGCUAGCACACAGCUAGCUGGCCUGGCAGACACAUCAGAGCACAAAGAGCAAAGAAAAUAAAAGGAGUUGCAGCACUUUUUAAACCGGUUUCGUUGUAUUCGAGGUGCUUAUCGGGUGGAUAUUUAAAGCAGGUGAAUUAAACAGCCAGCUGUUUGCUUUAUGUUGGGAAGCAGAUAAAGCUAGCUAGGUAGCUAGCCGAGUUUGGCUCAGUGUUUUAGCGCCCAGUCCCAAAUGAAGGAGUACAAAGUGGUUGUGUUGGGCAGCGGCGGCGUGGGCAAGUCCGCCCUGACCGUUCAGUUUGUCACCGGCACAUUUAUAGAAAAAUACGACCCGACCAUCGAGGAUUUCUAUCGGAAAGAGAUCGAGGUUGACUCGUCCCCUUCGGUGCUGGAGAUUCUGGACACCGCCGGAACCGAGCAGUUCGCGUCCAUGAGAGAUCUUUAUAUAAAGAACGGCCAAGGCUUCAUUUUAGUUUACAGCCUUGUAAAUCAGCAGUCAUUUCAGGACAUCAGACCGAUGCGAGACCAGAUAGUUCGAGUGAAGCGCUUCGAGAAGGUUCCCCUAAUCUUGGUGGGCAAUAAGGUGGAUCUGGAAUCUGAGCGUGAGGUCGCCGGGUCCGACGGUCGAGCCCUGGCUCAGGAGUGGGGCUGCCCCUUCAUCGAGACCUCGGCUAAGAGCAAGACCAUGGUGGACGAGCUCUUUGCUGAGAUUGUGAGGCAGAUGAACUAUGCCACUUUGCCUGAGAAACAGGAGCAGUGCUGCACGGCGUGUGUGAUGCAGUGAGGUCCAUGGCCUUACCGCACACUCCACAGCCACAGCACCUGGCAGGAGGCCCUUUUGAACCCAUGUCUGCUUCAGUGAUGUUUUGACCCCAUGAGCCACUCCAGUGUCACUGAGCCGUCUGAACUCAGACUGAUGAGGUCACCUUGGUCAAGCCUUGGUUUGCUGCAGUGUGAAGCAGGGACAUUGAAAUCUCUGACUUUCAUCCGUGUCUGUAUUGUAGAGCACAUAUAUAAUACAGUAUAUAUACAGUAUACUGGGUGUUUUUGGGAACUGCAUGACAAGCAUCAGUGGGGGGGGCAGAGGACUUUGGAAACGGGGCCAAAUGUGACAGGGCUAUUAAUAUCUAUUUUCUUAGAGGGGGAAUUACAUUGUGUAUGAGCAGGAUUUCUGCAACCUGUAAACAUGCUGACGGUGCUCAGUUGUACAUCCCUAGGAUUUCUUUUAACAUUUUAUGUUUGAUAUCUACUUUUAAUGUGAUAAUAGCCAUUACAAAGGUUUGAAGCCUGGACCAUCUAACUUUGCUUUUCUUCUGUUUUUUUUUUUUUUAAGACUACAGUAUGUAUUCCCCAUAAUAGUAUAUUUAUUAAAAUGUUUAAUUACAAAGAUGGAUACAUAUUGAAUUUUUAUGUUCCAUUGGCCUUUUUGCUUUUUGUGACAGUAUGCAUUGUUUCUGAUAUGGAGCAUUAAUGACGCCUUAAAUGAUUACAGUUUUGAACUUGUGUGGA